AUGGCUACAUCGUCAUCAUCCGUAUCCUCACAAAUCCAGCCCGUGAUAGUCGUUGGUUCCGGCCUCGCUGGAUUAUCCGCAGCAACUCAGCUCGUCUCGCACCAUAUCCCGGUCAACAUGCUCGAGAGUGCCAUCAAGCCCGGCGGGCACGCCAUCAAGGCUACGUCCGGGAUCAACGGCGCCCCGACGAGGUUUCAGCCGGUCAAGGACGACCGGGAGUUCUUCAACGACACGGUCAAAUCGGCCGGGAGUGUCCUCAUCCAUGCGGCAGCCAACGACCGCUCGCAGCGUGAACGGCUGAUUUCCACCCUCACUGAAUCGUCUGCCGCUGCGGUGCACUGGCUGGCUGACGAGAAAGACAUCGAUCUCAGCAAGGUCACCCAGUUAGGCGGGCAUACGCAUCCACGGACGCAUCGGGGAGCUGGGCAGAGCGCGCCCCCUGGAAAGUCGAUUGUCAGCACGCUUCUGAACUCCCUCAAUGGGAAUUCGUUUUUCCAACUUCGGACGAGUUCCAGAGUCACGAAGGUGGUGCGUGAAGGUGAUCGAGUCACUGGAGUUGAGUACACGCGCGAAGAAGAGGAUAACAACAAGAGCGACAUGCUUCAUGGUCCGGUGGUCUUCGCCAGUGGCGGGUUUGCAGGCGACACGCACGGAAUGCUGGCCAAGUAUCGUCCUGACUUGGCCGGCCUGCCGACGACAAACGAGCCGCGGAAGGGGUCGCAUCCGCUUCUGGAGGAGAUAGGAGCUGCGCUGGUGGAUAUGGAUCGCGUGCAGGUCCACCCGACGGGAUUUCUGGAUCCGAACGACCGUUCGGCGGUGGUGAAGCUCCUGGCGCCUGAAGCACUCCGAGGCGAAGGCGGGGUCUUGCUAUCGAGGGAUGGAAGCCGUUUCGUCAACGAGCUGGACACGAGAGAGCAUAUCGCUAACGUGAUCAUGCAUUCCGUGUGUCCAAUGGAGACGACGACGCUGCGCCAGUGGGAUGUCACUCUUGUUCUCGACGAGGGCGCCGCAGCAUCAGCAUCUUCUCAUAUGCAGUUUUACCUCUCGAAGGGCCUGAUCCGCAAGACAAUAGUUGGCGAGCUCGGCCCGUCCGCGCUAAGAACCCUCCAGGCAUAUGCGGAUGCUGUUUCGGGCCGCAAGCAGGACACAUUCGGCCGCACUUCCUUUGGCCGUUGGGCUCUGAUGGAUGUAGCGCCGGACUCCAUCGUCUAUGCCGGGAAGGUCACGCCCGUCGUGCACUUCACUAUGGGCGGAGUUAGAAUCAACGAGCGCAGCGAGGUGCUGGAUGGUCGAGGCGUCCCUAUCAAGGGUCUCUGGGCUACGGGCGAAGUUUCGGGGGGUGUGCAUGGUCAAAAUCGCCUUUCCGGGUCGUCGCUGCUGGAGUGUGUCGUGUUUGGGAGGAUCGCGGGGGACGAGGCCGCGGCGUUUCAUAAGAAAUAUUAUACGCAUUCACCUUAA